CCAUUGUUGCUAUACAUUCGUUCGGACCAGGAGUACUUCAGCAUAAAUUGUUGCAAAUACAAUCAUGCUUAUAAAUUUUAUAUCAUACAUACUUAUACAAUUUGAAAUUUUUCAUCCAGUGACAAUCAAUUCAAACAAUUGUGACGUUAGACUCUGAUAGGAUGACAAUUUUGCUCAAAAUAUGUCCUAUUUCCGUUCAUUCCUACUGUCUGUAAGAAUAGUUGAAUAUCGAUACAAGCCUCAUUUGUUCUUAAAAAUUGUUUCAUUAUUUUUUACAGUUGAUUAAUUACUGACGGUAAAAUUUUAUUGUUGAAAAUGAUUAAAUAUUAAGUUGUCAACUUGACUCAACAUACUAUUCCUCGUCAGCGUUUAUUACUCAAUGUUUUCGUAUUAGUAUACGUACAUACAUACAUACAUAUAUUUACAUACUUAUACGUAAAUAUGUGUAUGUAAAUACCUCUAUACUUACAUACUUGAUGUUCAUCACGUGAUUUUCUAUUUAUCUCCAACAUAUUUAUUUAAUACGUUCAAAUAUUUCAUAAAAAUGUACCAAAUAAAAAAAAACAAUAAUCCUGAUUAAUAACAAAACAGUAGUGCAAACAUUAUAUUUGAAAUUAAUUCAUUGUUACGCAUAACAUAUAAUUAUUAUCAUCAAUAUCCAUUUUUGACUUGAAGUACAUAUAAUUCCGAUGGCAACCUCCGACAGUGAUAAUUUUGAAAGUGCUGAUGAAGAAAUAGAAUUUCGUGAUGUAUUGCCUCCAAAAUCUUCACCAGAAUGGGUAGCUAAUUCAACAAUUAGUUCUGACUCUGAUGAUGAUGUUUGUGUAACGUCAGUUAAACAAAAUUCAUGGAGCUCUAAAAUAAAUAAUAAAAAUUAUGACAAUCUAACAGAUGCUGAUGACACGUCAAAUGUUUACAAUACACUGCACAAUAAAACUGGCCAAGAAUCAAAACAACGAACUGUUUCAAUCGAAUCAUCAUCUGUUUCAAAUCCAUCACUACCCAAAUCUUUGACAGAUGAUAAUCAACAAAAGGGAUCAAUUUCUAAUCAAGAGCCAAUAGUUACUGAAGAUAUAGAAACAGAUAAUAUUGAUAAUAUUGUUGAAAAAUUAAACAAGACUGAAAUUAAUAAAUGUGAUACCAUCAUCAAAGAUGCAUCUUUAGACAAAGUAAAUAAUGUUUUGUCUCAAGUUUAUACACUAGAUAAUACAGAUAAAAAAGUUAAUAAAAAUUCUGACAAAAGAGAAAAUACACAGAUCCAGAAAAAAUCAAAAGAAUCUUCCAAAUCUAGAAGCUAUGAAGUUAAAAAAUUAGGAUCCAGAAUAGGAUCUUAUAAUACUAAACGAGUAACUAAAGAAGUUGAUUUUUCUAAUGUAGAAAGUAAAAAAUUUGAAAAGGAAGGAAAAAUUUUUUCAAAUCAAGAAUGUUUUGAACUAGAUGAUGAUGGAGCAACAAAAAUCUUGGAACGUGAAAGUUCUAAUCAUUUUCCAGCAAAUUCGUGGAAUAAAUCAACUGGUAAAUCUUCUUCGAUAGAUGAAUUAGAUGAAGUACCGCCAGAAUUGAAAUCUAAUAAAAAAUUUAAAGAAGUGUUUGGGGCUGGUGAUUGGGAGGAUCUCAGCGAUUCAGAUAAAAUAAUAAAUGAGUUUGAUACUGAAAAUUUAAAACCUGUUCUUGAUAAAUUAACAACAACGAGCAAAGAGAAGAGCAACGUAGCUAGUGGAGGUUGGGGAAGUUGGGGUAGUUGGGGUGUUACGACGUUGCUGAAUACCGCUUCUGUAGGAGUUUCAAAUCUAACCAGUCAGGUGUCAUACGGUCUUUCUGUUCUUGAAGAAAGUAUUAAUGCUCCAAGUACAACGGACCAUGAACAAAAACAAACAUUGAAUGAAAAAUCUGUUGAAAAUACAGAAGAUUCAACGGAGCAAAUGUCAUUGAACUUCAGUAAUUUAAUAUCUGGAGUCUCUUCAAUAACAAAAUUAGUUGAGAAUACAGGUACUAAAGUUAUAAAUACUGGUUUAGGUACUCUAGAAACAAUUGGAAAAAAAACUAUGGAAGUGCUUCAAGAAGGUGAUCCUGGUUUAAAAAAGAAAAGAGCAUUUUUCAUGAAUGAAAGUAAUAAACCUAUCUUGUCACAUAUGUUAAAAGAAGCAAAAGAAAAAGCUCUAAACGAACAGAAAACUUUUGAAGAAAAAGAACAAGCCAAAAAGGUUCAUUUUGAAAGCUUGUUUGAUGAUUUCCAAGGUCUUAUUCAUUUAGAAGCACUGGAGAUGCUGUCUAAACAAAGUGAUAUGAACAUUCAACAACGAUUAAUUGCUCUAAAUUCGGAAGAAGCUAUUUCUAUUCAAGAAACCUUAGAUGAAGUUAAAGAGCUUUGUGAUUUGGGAGACGAGAAUGAUCAUGAAGAAAAUGAUAACGACAAUUUGGAGGAAAAAUUAAAAGCUCUCUGUGCAGACCUUAAUAUUACUCUUUCAUUCGAUGAAUUAUUUAAGAUUCUGAAAGAGACACAAAAUUACAUAACAAAUAUAUCACAGCCAGAAUCGACAGUGUCUGAUCGAGAAAUUUUUCAAAAUGCCAUUUCAAAUUUGGCACAAUUUACCGCCUACUGCAUGGAAAGAUUUCAUAAAACUGCUGAACUUAUUCUUAUAAAAGAUCGGCGCAGUACAGUUAAUGAAGCUGAUGCACUUGUACAGUUAACAGUACUUUUAUCUCAGCAAAUCGGAGUAAUUUCAAAUUUAUUUUGCAAGUGUCUUAAUGAACGGGCUCAAAAAUCGGAGAAAUCAAAUGAUUCUGUUGACAUUACAACCAUUUUUCUAGAAGCUACUAAUGCUACUUCAUAUAUAAAAGAGGCAUUUCAACUUUUCAUUCCCAUUCUCCAAGUUGGCGCUAUUUGAUGAAAUGAAAACUUUAUCACUUGGUAUAGAAGGAAAAAAUUUUAUUUUUGUAAAUAAUAUAUUUGUUCUAAAAUUUUUUUUUCUUAUAAAAUUUUAGACUAAAGAAUUUUCUUAUAUAAAUUAUAGAAAAAAACAAUCUAACUUAUAUCU